AUGUCCACGGAAACCAUCACCACUGAGCAAGCUCGAGCCCAAUCCCUGCGAGAAGCAGAAAACAAAGCCAUCGAGCUGUUCGACCUCAUCAGCAAAGACUUGAUUCGACCCGGUAUUACGGAGAAGCAACUCAGCGAUGAAAUCCACCAACUAGGAGAAACCACAUGCCACGUCCGAACCCACUGGCACAAACGUCUCGUCCGGAGUGGCCCCAACACUCUCUCACCCUUUCACGACAAUCCUCCCACGCGCACCAUCCAACCAGGCGACAUCCUCGUCAUCGAUCUUGGCCCCGUGUUCGAGGAGUGGGAAGCAGAUUUUGGUCGAACAUAUGUCCUACCAGAAGAAAAUUCUUCCUCUUCUAAUACAACAACGACAACAACAGUAAUCGACGCCACGAAGCAAAAACUCCAACUCCGCGAUGCGUUAGAACCCAUGUGGUGGAAAAUCAAACGCCUCUAUGAUCGGAAUCCGAGUAUGACGGGAGGGGAACUGUACAAUCUUGCUUUGCAGACUGCGGCCGAGGAUGGAUGGGAUUGGGGCGCGACGCAGAUUGCGGGACAUAUUGUGGGAGAUUUCCCUCAUGAGAGGAUUCCGAGGGAUAAGGUGACGAAUUAUAUUACGGAGGGAAAUCAACAGAGGAUGGAUGAGGUGGAUUCAAAGGGCAAUCGGAGACAUUGGAUUUUGGAGGUGCAUUUGAGGCCGAAGGGGGCGGAGUUUGCGGGGUUCUUUGAGCAGUUGUUGACGGUGGAUUAA